AUGUCACAAGAACAGUACGCUGAAAACUUAAAAGUUAUUGUUUCUGAAAAAUUACAGACUUUACCCAAUUUCACUGAAGAUGUGGCAUAUGUUGCUGAAUAUAUCGUUUUGCUAAUUGUAAAUGGUGGCUCAAUAGAAUCGGUGGUACAGGAACUAUCUACAUUGUUUGAUACUGUUUCUAAGGACAAUUUAACCGAUGUGGUUCAAACCACCUUCUUCGCAUUGGAAGCUUUGCAACAAGGUGAAACUGUAGACAGCAUUGUUAGUAAAAUCAGAGGUUUAAGUGCUCAACAACAAGCAACCCAGAUGAAAACUGAACAACCUGAUAUGGCACUUCCACAACAAGAACAACAACAACAACUACAACAAUCACAGCAACUCAACAUGCCUAUGCCAACACCAGGAUUCCAAAUGCAAAUGAACCCGCAACAGCAAAUCCAGCAACCACAACAAUUGCAAUCUAAGUGGGAAGCAUCAUGGAAUACUUCAACAUCUGAAACAAUGCCUUCAGAUGCUUCUGCAAAUGGCACUACUCACUCUGCAUUCCCUAAUAUCGUUGCGGAGGAUCAGAAAGAUGAUAGCAAAAACGUACUAAGCUUUUCAACAACUGGAUUUAAACCACAAUUUUCACAACGUGGUGGUCGUGGUGGUCGUGGUGGUCGUGGUGGCCGCGGUGGCCGUGGUGGCAGAACUAACAAUCGUGGCAAUGAUCGUACAACACACAACAGAUUUAAUCCAUUAGCUAAAGCUUUGGGUAUGACUCCUGAAAGUCAAUUGAACUUUAUUCAUAAAAAAAAAGAAGGCCGUUGUAAAUUAUUUCCACACUGUCCAUUAGGUAAAUCAUGCCCUCAUGCCCAUCCAACCAAAGUGUGUAAUGAAUAUCCAAAUUGCCCAAAAUUACCGGGCACUUGCGAAUAUUUACAUCCAGCUGAAGAUGAAGAAUUGAUGAGGGAAAUGGAAAAAACACGUGAAGAGUUUCAAAAGAGAAAAGCUGCUAUUUUGACAGCUAGAACUAAACCUGUUCAAACUGGUUUAGUGAUUUGCAAGUUUGGUGUUUUAUGUUCUAAUCCAAUGUGCCCAUUUGGCCAUCCAACCCCUGCAAAUGAAGACGCAAAAGUUAUUGAAUUGGCUUGGUGUCCGAACAAUUUAACAUGCCCAGAUACAGAAUGUAAAAAAGCUCACUCUUCAUUAUCUAAGAUCAAGCCAAUCGCACCAAUGAGCUCUAGCAGCUCCUCUGGAAGCCAUGCUAGUCGUACUAGCCAUCCAGCAAGCUUUCCACCUGUUGAAAAAUCUUUAGAACAAUGUAAAUAUGGUACUCAUUGUACGAACAAACGUUGUAAAUACAGACAUGCUAGAUCUCAUAUCAUGUGUCGUGAUGGUGGUAGCUGUACUAGAAUUGACUGUUUGUUUGGUCACCCAAUCAAUGAAGACUGUAGAUUUGGAACUGAGUGUAGAAACCCUCACUGUCUAUUUAGACAUCCAGCUGGAAGGGUAAUUAAUCCUCCUGAGGUUCAAAAAUUCCCAUCAUCUGACGCUGUGUCCAACUCUAACAAGUUCCCUCUUAAUACUGCUAUGAAUAAUCCUAACGAUAAUAAUAAUAAUUUCCAGAAUGCUGUAAAUAAUAAUAAUGGAUUCCAACAAACACAAGGCACCUAUAAUGCAAGCCCAUUCUCUAUUAGUGAACGACCAUUUGCUAUGCCUGAUAAUGCUGUCAAAUCUGCUCCGACUCAAGAGGGUUUACAAUCUAUAUAUGCCAAUAACAUGGUAUCUAACAACGAUCAAGAUACUGAUAUGGCAGAAUAA